CGUGCCGUAACCUUAACUCAGCAUUUGGUGUUAAUUUGUCACUAACCUCUUGCUCAGGAUAGAGCAGUAGUUUCGUGUUUCCACCGGAGUUCCAUUUUCUAGGCGGCCAAACAGAGGCCCCAUUGGAGAUCAAGGACAAAGCGAAAAUGCUUCGACUCUCUCUAGCUCCACUCCGUGUAGGCUCAUUCUCGGCAAUGCCAGCGAUGGCCAAGGCCCGUGGCUUCAGGUCACAUCGGAUGGUGAAGUGUUAUUCGACGUCGUUUGGACAGUCAUCGAAAAAGCUUUUGUUUCGCCAGCUGUUUGAGCAGGAGUCUUCUACUUACACCUACCUGCUCGCUGACGUCUCUCACCCUGAUAAACCCGCACUGUUGAUUGACCCAGUCGACAAGAAAGUGGAGAGGGACCUUUCCCUUGUGAAAGAACUAGGAUUGAAGCUCAUUUAUGCAAUGAAUACUCAUGUACAUGCUGAUCAUGUUACCGGAACUGGGCUGAUAAAGACUAAAGUUCCUGGUGUAAAAUCUAUAAUUUCUAAAAUGAGCAAAUCAAAAGCUGAUCUUCUGGUUGAAAAUGGUGAUAAAAUCUAUUUUGGAGAUCUGUAUCUGGAGGUUCGUGCUACUCCUGGUCAUACAAUAGGUUGUGUCACCUAUGUUACAGGAGAUGCCCCUGAUCAACCUGAACCAAGGAUGGCUUUCACUGGGGAUGCCUUGCUGAUUCGUGGAUGUGGAAGAACGGAUUUUCAGGGUGGAUGUUCACAUCAACUCUACAAUUCGGUGCAUUCACAGAUUUUCACAUUGCCCAAAGACACAUUGAUCUACCCUGCUCAUGAUUACAAGGGAUUCACUGUAAGUACUGUGGGGGAGGAAAUGCUCUAUAAUCCUCGGUUAACAAAAGAUGAGGAAACAUUUAAGGAUAUCAUGGAAAAUUUGAAUCUAUCUUAUCCAAAAAUGAUUGACUUAGCUGUCCCUGCAAAUAUGGUUUGUGGGUUGCAAGAUCUCUCUGCAAAGGGUGCUUAAGCUCUUUUUGACUAGAUGCAUGGUCAGGUAUGGUUUUGAACUGCAUUAUUAAAAGAAUUCAGGCAUGGCUGUGAAGAUGAUAGGCAAGUGGAAUAUUCACUGUGAGUUUUCAGAGGAUGGAUUACAAUAACAUUUUUCAAUCAAAAAAUGAAAGGAAAAAAAAAAUGUAUUGUAUGCUGAAGAGAUACUCAAAUAACUUGCAUAAUCAUUUUUCCAUGCUCUUUUCAGAAAAUUUCAUAAAUAUUGGCAGAUUUUGGAGCUCUGAUCUUGUAGAAUAAUACUUCCUGGUCAUUUGAAAAAGCAAGCUAUUGGAGGCUUUCCAGACUGAAAGAUUAGUUAGAGCAUGUGAUUUUACUAUGAAUUUCCAGAUUGAUCGUUUGGGAGCACAUUUUAAGAAGAAAAUGAAAACUCUGAAGUCCUGAUCAAUUGAUUAUAUGCUGGCCUGCUUUAUUUCGAAGAGGUGAUAAACCUAGGUUGAUCUGUGAGAGCCUUCUUUAUUUCUUUUUUCUUUUUGUAGAAUCAUACUCAUGAACGGCUGAAGGGGAAAGCAAUUAGCAUCUUUUGACUUUGAACCAACACUGUAAAGGAUGCCAACUUUAUCUGUUUAACAAUGAGAUUUACUGAAUUUGGUAA